AUGGAGUGCUCUGCCUCUCGCCAGUCUUCCUCCUCCCGAUUCCCUUUCUUCUUCUCCAGUCUGUGGUCGUCGCCGUCACCGUCACCGUCACCGUCGACACCACCGGCCCGGACACAGCAGACCGCGUCUACCCAGACGACGACUAAGAGCCCGUUGCUGCCCGCCGUCAAUGCCCGUCGUGCGCCUGAGCGCGAGGCUGAGGACCGCGAGAUGGUCGGCCAGCGGGCUACCGGGGAGAUGUCCGCCCUCGUCGGCCUAGAGAACGUCAAGCGCCAGCUCCAGGGCGUGCAGAGCUGGGUCCAGAUCUGCCGCCGCCAUGGUCGGGAUCCCCGCAACGAGGGGUAUAGCAUCGCCCUGCAGGGCAAUCCUGGCACGGGGAAGACGACCAUCGCGGGGAUUUACGCCCGCAUGCUGUUCUCCAUCGACAUAUCCGACACCGAGACUAUCCGCCAGACGUCUGGCAACGAGCUGAUCGCGCUGGGCGUGAGAGGCACGCAGCAGCUGCUGCAGAGCGUUGUCGACGUCGCCCCGGCCGCCCGCACGGCCGGCGCCCUCAUCAUCGACCACCCCCGCGGUUUGUCGAAGCGUCUGAAGACGCACCGACAGAUCGUCGACGCAAUCGCCGACGCCAUGGAGCGACCCACCGGGCGCAUUGUGGUCAUUUUUACCGGCGAUUCCGACGACCUGGACACCUUCUUCAAGGAGCACGCCCGCAUCCACCGCCGCAUCUGCAGCACCAUCACCUUCGACGACUUCGACCGCCCGGACCUACAAGCCUUGCUCAGUCGCCGCAUCAGCGAGGAGUAUCACGACCGCAUGCAGCUCGAGGGUGGCGUCGACGGGCCUUAUUUGCAAGCCGCCGCCCGCCGGCUGGCCCGCGGACGCGGCCGCAAGGGCUUCACCAACGUCUACGCUGUUCGGGAGCUCGUCAAGACCAUCGCCCAUCGGCAGGUCCAGUGCCUGAUGGAGCAGCGUGACAACGGGGUGGACGAGGUCGACUACUUCUUCUUCUCCCGUGAGGAUCUCCUGGGCCCCAGCCCGGGUGACGUCAAGGAGCGCAGCGAGUCGUGGGCCCAGCUGCACGCCCUCGUCGGCCAAGACGCUGUCAAGACGUCCAUUCGCGAGGUCGUUGACACCGCCGACGAGAAUUACUGGCGCGAGACACGCAACCAGCGCCGUCUUCCGAUGCGACUGCACCGCAUCUUCGCGGGGCCUGUCGGCACGGGCAAGAAGACCGCCGCGACGCUGUAUGCGCACAUCUUGUAUGAGAUGGGGCUUCUAAGCAGCGAUGAAGUCAACAUCCAUCACCUGUCAUCGCUCCCCCGACCGGCCCCCCACGCCGGGCUCGCCCCCGAAGGACAGGCGCUGAUCCUCGACAUCUCCGGAGACGGCACCCCCGACAGUGCGGUCAUCGACAUCCUCGCCGCCGAAAUGUCCUCAAGCUACGAAAAUCGCUGCAUCAUCCUGCUGGGCGACUCGGCCGCCAUUGCCGCCUUGCCGGACUCCAUCAAGCAGGCGACCCGUUUCGAGCAGCACCUCAUCCCUUUCCAGAGCUUCACCCAGGAAGAGCUCGAGCAGCUGCUCCAGAACAAGCUGCAAGACCAGGGCGUCGACACUACGCCGGAUGCCUUCCAGGCCGCCAUCGACAUCCUCAUCAGCGCCCGCAUGCGAAGGGACUUCGACAAUGCCCGUGCCGUCGACCGCCUACUGCUCGUUGCCCACCACCACUACGAGGCGCGCCGCGCCCAGGCGCCCCCCGCCGGCGCCACGCUUGACCGCGUGCUCGAGGCGGAGGACUUCGACGCCGGUUCCAUCGGCGGCGGGGCGGCCCUGUCCUUCCGCGAGGAGCUGCGCCACACCAUCGUCCCGGACGAGAUCACCUCCGUGCUGAAGCGGUACCAUCGCGAGAUGAAGACCGCCUGGCUGCAGGGGCAAGACCCGGGGAAACGGGUCCCGUGCACGUUGGUCUUCAAGGGAGGAAGUGGCAGCGGCAAGAAGACCGUCGCGAGUCAGCUCGGCACUCUCUACUACAAGAUGGGCGUCUUAGACAGCGACGAGCUAAUCGACUGCUCCGUCGCCGACCUCAUCUCGUCGCAAGCCGGCCACUCCUCACUGCGAACGCGGUCCCAGCUAGAAGCCAGCCGCGGCAAGGUGCUCUUCGUCGACGACGCCCACCGCUUGACCGAGAACGAUUCCGCCCUCCAGGCCAUGGAUGAGUUGAUCUAUCUUCUUCCCCGCUACGCAGGCCACACGGUGGUUAUCCUGGCGGGUCCGCCAUCUGAGAUGGACCACCUGCUCGCCAACCGGCCGCGCCUGUCUGGGCUCUUCCAGGAGGAGAUCAUCUUCCGCUGCCCGACGCCGCGCGAGUGUCUGCGUCUGCUCGACCGCUACCUGGAUGAACACAUCCCCACGCCGCGGCCGUAUCUCAUCGACACGCAGGUCCAGAGCCACCGCGAGUUUACGCGUGCCGUCCAGGUCCUUUCCAUGUUCCCCUGCUGGAGCAACGCACGGGACAUCAAACUCCUGGCUAGGUGGAUGGUCUCGGCCGCCGUACGUGACAUUCCGCUCGACGGCACCCCGUUGCCGCCCGUGCAGCUGUCCGAGGACCAGGCCAUGACCUGCAUGAUCAAGCUGUUCAACCUCAAGCGUGACCGGCUGCGAUACAACCAGGACCCCAAGGCCCGGAUGUUGCCUCGGAUCUUGUCCCAGCCGCGCUGCACCGAGCGCACCGGCGUUCGAUUCCCGGUCUGA